UCUCGCUUCCGGUCCCCGGCCUACAGCAUGGGCAGCCGACGUUUCCAGAUGCUGGACAGCUGCUCUCCAGGACCGGGUUACAUGGUCCCCACCAACAUGACCAUGAGAGGCAAGGAUGGGAUCCCUGCCUACUCCAUCUACGGGCGCCCCAAGGAUGGGGCGACCUUUCGGACGCCAGGGCCAGGUCGCUAUUCUCCGGAGAAAGCUGGGAAGUUGGCUUAUCCAUGUGCCCCAAAUUACUCAAUGGCUUCGCGGACAAAGGACUUCCAGAAUGAGCAGACACCAGGGCCCGCCGCCUACGGCCUCCCUCCCAUGCUGGGCCCCAAAGUGAUCGGGAAGAGCUCGGCUCCCAAUUACUCCAUUUUCGGACGCAGCGCCGUGGGCAGCUUCUACGAGGACCUCAGCCGGACUCCGGGACCGUGCAAUUACCGCGUGGUGGACACCGGGGUCUACAAGAACCGCCCCCCGCAUUACAGCAUCAUUGCGCGGAACAUGCUCCCAGGGGACACCACCAUCAUUCCUGGCCCCGGGGCCUACAGUCCGGAGAAGCACAAUCCACUCCAUGGCUUGACCUUCGGGAUCCGCCACUCGGACUACGUGGCGCCUCUGAUCGUGGACGUGGCAGAUUAG